GCGACGACAGUUGGCGCCGACUCUGCGCUCCACGAGACCGGCCGCUGCCAGUUACCAAGGCGCCUUCCGGCGCUCGCCCCGACGGCGGCCCUGGCCGCGGAUGCUGAAGUGAACGAGGCAGCACCGGGAUGCUGGCGCUGCUGGCCGCCGGCUUGGCGCUCGCCGUGGUCGCCGGGGCCCAGGACAGCCCGGUGCCCAGCAGCCACUUAGUGUGCACCGCUCUGCCCCCGGAGGCAGUUCGCACCGGCUGCCCGCUGCCCGCUAUGUCCAUGCAGGGCGGCGCGCUGAGCCCCGAGGAGGAGCUGCGGGCCGCGGUGCUGCAGCUGCGAGAGACCGUCGUGCAGCAGAAGGAGACGCUAGGCUCGCAGCGCGAGGCCAUCCGCGAACUCACGGGCAAGCUGGCUCACUGCGAGGGGCUAGCUAGCGGCAAGGCGCGGAGCUCGGGGGCCACGGGCAAGAACACUAUGGGCGACCUGCCGCGGCACCCCGGCCACGUCGUGGACCAGCUUAGCCGUUCGCUGCAGACCCUUAAGGACCGCCUGGAGAGCCUCGAGCGCCAGCUCCACGGGAACAUGUCAAAUGCAGGGCUACCGGGCGACUUCCGGGAGGUGCUUCAGCGGCGGCUUGGGGAGCUGGAGAGGCAGCUGCUGCACAAGGUGGCAGAGCUGGAGGAUGAGAAGUCCCUGCUCCACAACGAGACCUCGGCUUACCGGCAGAAGACUGAGAGCACCCUGAAUGCGCUGCUGCAGAGGGUGACGGAGCUGGAGCGUGGGAACAGCGCCUUUAAGUCGCCAGAUGCCUUCAAAGUGUCCCUCCCGCUCCGCACAAAUUACCUGUAUGGCAAAAUCAAAAAGACACUGCCCGAGCUGUACGCCUUCACCAUCUGCCUAUGGCUGCGGUCCGGCGCCUCGCCUGGUAUCGGCACCCCAUUCUCAUAUGCAGUGCCUGGGCAGACCAACGAGAUAGUGCUGAUUGAGUGGGGCAACAACCCCAUCGAGCUACUCAUCAAUGAUAAGGUUGCGCAGCUGCCUCUGUUUGUCAGUGAUGGCAAGUGGCACCACAUUUGUGUCACCUGGACGACGCGGGACGGCAUGUGGGAAGCUUUCCAGGAUGGAGAGAAGCUUGGCACUGGGGAGAACCUGGCCCCCUGGCACCCCAUCAAGCCAGGGGGGGUGCUGAUCCUCGGGCAGGAGCAGGACACUGUCGGGGGCAGAUUCGAUGCCACCCAAGCGUUUGUGGGCGAGCUUAGCCAGUUCAACAUAUGGGAUCGCAUCCUUCGUGCACAGGAAAUUGUCAGCCUCGCCAACUGCUCCACAAACAUGGCGGGCAACAUCGUCCCAUGGGCGGACAGCAACGUCGACGUGUUCGGGGGGGCUUCCAAGUGGCCCUCGGAGACGUGUGAGGAGCGUCUCCUUGACUUGUAGCCAGCUGCUGCUCUGUCUGGGUAGCCAGAGAGGGGUGUUCCUGUGGAAGUUCGGGGCCACUUAUCCCUACCCCUGCAUUAAACUGUGUGAAACCUCUUGCCAGUGUGGGCUCAGGCCCUGAUGCCCACUCCUGGGGAAUAAUGUCUAAGACUGUGGCAGUAUUUGUCACCAGCUUAUUUGUUCCUUACCUAGGUUUUGUUGCUUUUGGGGGCAGCACCAGAAUCUCCUGGGGAGAAGCCCCAAACCACAAAUGGGCAAAUAACUGACUUCCCACUGCGGGUGGGAUUGGUGACUAACAGUCAGCCCCUCUUGGGAACUCCCCUAAAUGCUAGUGUGGCCCCAGCCCCACCUUCCCUCUUGGUGUCCCAUGUGCACCUUCCAUCUGUCCCCUUUAAUGGCUGUGCAGCUGUCCCACUAGAGUGUCCCUGUGAAUACAUUCAUCCCUGCUGGCGACUGAGCACGCAGCAGAGCAGCCACCCCUCCAUCUGCACAAGGGCCUUCUCCGUGUGUUCCAUUUGUCAUGAAUCUUUCUGUCUGAGCAACUCCUGAGCUGGCGGAGGCGGCCAGCUGCCCAGACAUAGCCCUGCCCCCACAGCAGAGGGGGCAUCUGCGGCUCCAGAGAAGAGGUGUGGGGGGCUGCAGAAUGGAGGAGGGCUGUGACCGCCUCCCCCCACCCUGCCCCUGCGGCUGUCUCUCCAACCUGCGCUUUAACUGAGUCAUCACUAGCUCUGGCUUUAAAAGGCCUCUCUUCUCAUCUGGUGCCAAAAGUUCAGUUGUGGCUUUUACACCCAUUCUGUAUGGUUUGGGGGAUUUAUUUUUUCCCAACAGAAAAGAACAGCCAUUAGAAGAAAGCUCCCAUUUUUUGAUGUUUUGUCCCACUGUGAGGAGUGUGCUAGUUUUUAAUUCAUGUUGAUUCCUGUAAGCAUUUGACUGUCUUCAUCCAGUAUUUUCCCCAGAACUUUUUAAGAAAGUGGAGGCCAUUUGAUAUUUGCUUCAUGACUCUAGGUUGCUUAAUAUAUUAGACAACAGUAGUAAUUUAUUUUAAAGGUAAAGUGAUGAAGUGGGGAAAUUUAUAAAGCUAAAUAUUAUAUAUUUUAUUUUUCAUACAUGUUCAAAGUGCAAAUAUGUGGAAAUUCCAUUUGUAGGACCACGUUGACAUGCCCAUCUUGACACUGUAUGCUACGAGAACUCUCCUGAUGAUGGAAUUCUGAUUAAAGUGCACUGGAAGAUG